UCAACGCGCCUAGGUAUCAGAUGUCGGACCGCGAGAGCCAGAAUUCUCAGUCUCAGUCUCUGGGCUUCAAUUUGUCCCAAAGGACGUUUGAUACAAUGCUGCACAACAUGUUUCCUAGCAUGCCAAUUGCAACUGGCUUCAAAACUGUCUACACGGAAGAGAAGUCCACGGGAUCUUCUCCAGAUCAGCUUGAAUUUACACUGGAGAAAACAUGCCUUGGAGUGACUGGUGUCAACCCAUAUACAGAUACGCAGCUGCAUGAUCAAAGCAGUUUCUUGCAUGAAAGUCAAGGAAGUGCAUUUGGAAAUUCAUGGAAUCAGCCACUGACAUUAAUGGAUGCAUUAGGUUUUCCUACAAAUGUACCUGUUGCGGGUGUUAAGGGUUUUGGAAUUGAGUUUCCCGAGGAGAAGAGGAAGUUAACAAAGAGUGCACCCUGGACGUACAGUGCAGAACUGAACAAACUGUUUGUGAAGAUUGGCACAUACUGUCCAAUAACAUUUAUCUCAGAUGGGACUUUGCAACCAGGAGAUGCAUUUCUUCGUGUCAUGCCAGUUUUCAAGCUGCCACAAGAUGUAAAGAUGGUAAUUCGAAGAUGCUCUCACCACAUUCAGAAAAAUGAGGAUCGUCAUAAUCAACCAGAUCAUUUGAUCAUUACAAACCAUGUAAAAGCCGAGUACCAAGAGUGUCCUCUGACUGGCAGGCUGUCUGUUGUUGUUCCAUUUGAACCAAUUGAUCAGGGUCAGGCAGUUCAUAUGUUUGCUUUUAUGUGCUUUUCGUCAUGUGUUGGAUCACUGAAUAGGCGACCGUGCCAUGUUAUUUUUUCAUUGGAACAAAGUGGCCAAGUAAUAGGAAGGCAAACCCUUGACAUUCGUGUUUGUGCUUGCCCUGGGAGAGAUAAGCGCAAUGAGCUCAACCCAAUGCCAAGGAAAAACUCAGAAAUUAGAAGUACUAGCAUGACGGCUACACCACCGCCGGCCUGCAAUGGCACCUCAAGAGUCACCACUACACAAGAAUUGGAUGAGAACAACCAAUCUCUUGCUGUCUGUUUUGCCAAGAGAGUGAAACAGGAAGAAGAUGAUGAUAAAAUCUAUUAUGUCCCGGUGAAGGGUCGUAAGAGCUAUGAGCUGGUCAUGAAGAUGGCUGAAGGACUUGCUCUCCUUGAACAUAUGUCACACUGUGAUGAAAAGUAUCUGGAACGUUUUCGAAAAUUAAGCGGAAGGUAUGCCUCUCAAUCAUCAGGACAACAGGUCGACAGGUCAACUCAGAACUCGGAGAGCUCUACUUCGUCAUCGUCAUCUUGUACAGGUGAUGGAUUCACAUUUAGACUGAAACGCACCAUUUCUGCAUCUGGUACAGCUCAUGCCAAGCAACAAGCAGACAGUUGAUUACUGCUUCUCUGAACACAGUUGGUUUGGUUGGGUUGGGUUGCUAGUACAUAGUAUAAAGAUAUAGACUGUUAGAUACUGUUGUACUCGUACCUAUCAAUGGUACAAAAGUUUGACAUGUUCACAAAGUAAGUACAUAGAGACAUAUGAAAAGCACAGGUUCUGAUUUUCAAGAAACACUAA